ACUCGUGACGUCACUGUCACUUCUGAUUGGACAGAGAGGAAAAAGCUGUCACGAGUAUGCAACUCUUCCUAAGAGCUCUCUAGUCUACCUGUGUCGAUAUUGUUUUAAUAUUUAUUAUUUAGUCGAAUUCGUUAAUUAAAUAUAUUACGCACGAGAUUGAAUUAAGUAUAAUAACGUAUAAUGUUAAACCUUGCAAAACUACAUUUAAGCGAAUAUUCCAAACACUUUUGGUAUCUGUGGCACUACAGACAGUAUAGCACUAUCAAAACCAAUCAAGAAAUCAUAGAAGCUAGGCAAAGGGAAGUCAUGGCACGUGGCCUCCCAAAGCGAAAAAAUAUUAAGGGCGUUAAACAGAUCUUAUUGGUGGCUUCUGGUAAAGGUGGCGUUGGAAAGUCUACUACUGCUGUAAAUUUGACAACUGCGCUAAAACUUAUAGAACCAAAAAAGUCUAUUGGAUUAUUAGAUGCUGAUGUUUUUGGGCCUUCUAUACCUUUGAUGAUGAACAUACACGAAUCACCUGUAGUUAAUGCAGAGAAUUUCAUGGAACCUCUUGUAAAUUAUGGUGUGAAAUGUAUGUCUAUGGGAUUUUUAAUUGAUGAGAAAUCGCCAGUAGUUUGGAGAGGAUUAAUGGUAAUGAGUGCACUGGACAAACUGUUAAAUCAAGUAGCAUGGGGAUCACUUGAUUAUCUUGUAAUCGACACUCCUCCUGGAACAGGGGACACACAUCUUACUCUGAUUCAAAAUCUUUUCAUCGCUGGUGUGCUAAUAGUGACCACACCGCAGAAAGUUGCGUUAGAAGUAGCCAGAAGAGGUGCAAACAUGUUCAAGAAGUUGAACAUACCUGUUGCUGGCAUUGUGGAAAAUAUGAGCACUAUUAUAUGCCCAAACUGCAUGUCGGAGGUGUCCCUUUUUGAUAACGCUAUGUCUUCAGUGACCAAAGAACUUGAUAUAAAUAUUAUACAAAAAAUACCAAUGCACGAGAGCAUUGCUGAAAGUUCGGAUAAUGGCAAACCAGUUGUUUUGGCCGCGCCAGAAAGCAGACAAGCAGAAGUGUAUAGAGAAUUGGCGGAGCAUGUUGUUACAUUUCUGAAAAAGCAAGAAAUAAAUAAAAAUUAAUAAAAUA